CAGAACGAGAGGAUGGGUUGAGAGAGGUGAUGAAUGGGAUGAUUGGAGAGAUCAGACACUACACAGACAGACGGCUGGAGAAAAAGGGAGGCGUUCGAUGGAGCAAAGACUGGCCGUGAUUUGACAUUUUAAAUCCCUGUCUGAUGAAUAAAAUCAACGAAUUGCCUAUUUUUCUUAUUUGAACUUAAUUCAGCAUAGCAUUUCAUAGUCGGCCUUAUUUGACCAGGCGUUGAAGAUGCCGGUAGCUGGUUUGGUCUGACUAGAGGAGACGAUGGAGCCAUGAGAAUGUACCAAGUCUUUCCGCGAAAACAGAUGGGAGAUGAAACCUAUUCGACAUAAAAAUUGAUAUUUUUCCCUGUAGCUAAAAUGAGUUUAUUAUUGCUGCAGAUGUAUGCGUUUUGAUAAACUGUAGUAGGAUAGCUGCUAGAGGAAUUUUGAUGGCACUUACGACGCCAGGGAUUGAGCAACGAGUAACGUUACAUUUCGGAACGUUGAACAGUCGGGCCUUUCAAAGUGAGAAGCAAGAAUGAAUGUUAAGCAUUUUUCUCGCCCGAGGAUAACUGCGGUGCACGCAGCUGGUCACAUUUUGAGAGCGGUGUCAUCUUUGGAGAGUAGCGAAAUGCAAGUCAACGGAGAGGAGCGCCGUGCGGAGCUGUAAUAGUAAUACCCAAAUCCGUCUAGAACCAAGUGGAUGUUUUAAGCAUUUUUUUCCGCAGACGAGAAGAUGGUGUGCUGCCAAUAUCAAUGCAAGCGGUCCCUAUUUUCCCUACCUUUUUAAGUGUAAAAGGAGCUCGCGCUACUUUGGAAUUAAGAACCGUCAGUCACGUAUGCGCGCCUCGGUAGCCAACGUUAGCUUAGCUGCUAUAUCCUCCGUGCUUUAGCUUCCCAUUGAGCAUGAUUGAAGAGUGCGUUUAAUUUCGCUAACGUCAACACCGAUGUUUUCGGUCGUCAUGAAUCCACCGACACGUUUGCUUGGGUGAACUUUGAACCAACACCCCAUAGCGUAGAACAGACUAGCAAGACAUGUCGGCGUGAAGGGAACCACACUGACUGUCUCGAAUCUCCUGUCAAGCCACAGACGUCAACAGCGCUGUGAAGAGCUGCUUAUUGGAGAGGGGAAAAAAACACAUUACCUAGAUUGUUCACUCCGCCUUUUGGAGCUCUGCGCCCACGGACUGAAACCCUUCCCUUCGAUUUAACAACCAAGCAAAAUGGGAGAGCAGCCUAUCUUCAGUACGAGGGCCCAUGUCUUCCAGAUUGACCCCACCACCAAGAAGAACUGGGUUCCCACCAGUAAACACGCCGUCACAGUCUCCUACUUCUACGACAGCACGCGCAACGUCUACCGCAUCAUCAGCCUCGACGGCUCCAAGGCAAUCAUCAACAGCACCAUCACCCCCAACAUGACCUUCACCAAGACCUCCCAGAAGUUUGGCCAGUGGGCCGACAGCCGAGCCAACACCGUCUACGGUCUAGGCUUCUCCUCAGAGAACAACCUGCUCAAGUUUGCAGAGAAGUUUGCUGAGUUUAAAGAGGCAGCUCGGUUAGCCAAGGAGAAAUCCCAGGAGAAGAUGGAACUCACCAGCACCCCUUCUCAGGAGUCAGCCACCGGCGACCUGCAGUCACCUUUGACCCCGGAGAGCAUCAACGGCACUGAUGACGAGAGGGGCACCACCCCCGAAACGCCGCAGUACCUCCCCGAGCCCCGUGCCGAGCCGUCACAGAACCAACUGCCCUUCUCUCACAGUUCGUCCAGUAUAAACAAGCACUGGGAGGCCGAGCUGGCAGCCCUGAAGGGCAACAAUGCCAAGCUGACAGCAGCUCUGCUGGAGUCCACAGCCAAUGUCAAACAGUGGAAACAACAACUGGCUGCUUACCAGGAGGAGGCUGAGAGACUACAUACACGUGUGACAGAGCUGGAGUGUGUGAGUGGUCAGAUGACCGUCAUCAAAUCCCAGAAGACUGAGCUCAACCAGACGAUAGAAGAACUGGAGUCGGCAUUAAAGUCCAAGGAGGAGGAACUGGAGAGGCUGAAAGAGGAAGUGGAGAGCGCCAAUGAGUUCCAGACUCAAAAGGAAUCACUAACACAGAAACUGCAGGAGACGGAGGAGAGGAACCAGACGUUGGAAGCUCAGCUGGUGGAGUUAGAGCAGCGUCUGGAGGGCAGUCAGCUGGAGAGAGAGGCCUUCAGGAAGAGUCUGCGCACCCUGCUGGAGCUGCUAGAUGGGAAGAUCUUUGAGCUGACAGAGCUCCGAGACAGCCUGGCCAGACUCAUUGAGGGCAGCAGCAGCUAGAGGAGAGAAGUGCCACUACAGAGCCCCCUGGUGGAGCUUCAGUACUCCUACACCAUCACCACCAUUAUAACAACACAGUGACGGGAGAAUAUUGCUAGUCAGUGCACAAAGGCACUGCACGAAAAUAUUCACUCUGUUAUUAUUACACAUAUAGUCAUUAUGCUCCACUCUACUGAAAACGUGCACAUUGGUAGUAAAUAGAUAGACUUGCUCGCUUGGAUUUAGUUUUGGCUAAUGUUCACAACGUGCAUAAUGCUGGUACACCUGAAUACUGUAUGCACAUACACUCACUCACUUCACAGAGGUCCUGUUGAGGCUUUGCUUACACCCUGCCUUCCCUGCCUUCCAUCUCUUCUUCUCCCUCCCUGUGGAAUGUUAUUUACGCUCUGACUACAAACUGCUCAAAUAUUUACAAUGCAUUCAGAAAGUAUUCAGACCCCUUGAUUUUUUUUCCACAUUUUGUUACGUUACAGCCUUAUUCUAAAAAAAAUAUUUAUUUUUUUCGCCAUCAAUCUACACGCAAUACCCCAU